CUCCCCUCACUUCUCCUCUCUCCGUUCAGUCAAUCUUCUCUUUCACUAACCUUCCGCCCACCUUCCUUCCCAUUCCCCUAUAAACCUCUCCUCCCCUCACCUCAACCAACUUGAAAGGACCAGCAAGCAGCCAUGGAAGUAGCCAUGCCGCCGACUCCAACUUCACCGGACUUUCACUUCGGCAUCUCCGCCACCGCCCCAUCAAGUCCUCGCCGUUUCGGCGAACCCUUCAACCACUCCUUCCAUUACACCAGCGCUCCCACCAGCCCAAACCGUGCCGCCUCCAUCUUCUCCACUUUCUCCACCUACCAUGACAACGAAUUCGCCUUCGAUUCUGGCCGGCUCUCCGCCACCAACCCAUUGCCGGAAAUCUCUACCGCCGACGAACUUUUCGACAACGGAAGAAUCCGUCCCCUCCAUCUUUCUCCUCUCCCAGCCGAGAGGGGUAGGAAAAGAGGCUCUUUUAUUAGUACCACUGCAUAUGAAAACAGAGCCAGAGUUUCUAGAUCUCUUUCUCCGUUAAGAGAUCAGAACCAAGCUGAAGCUUCAACUCUCCUCCCGAAGAGCGAUAGCGGAGGCAGGAAAUGGCGGCUGAUGGAUUUGCUUCUGUUCCGAAGCGCGUCGGAGGGAAGAGCGACGGGAAGAGAAAGCAGAGAUCCGUUACGCAAUCGUACUCUGUUUUCUUCAUUAUUCUCUUCCAAUGGAUCUUCUUCUUCAUCAUCAGCCGCAAAUGGCAAAAGAGGAGGAAAAGAAGAAAGCGUUAAUGGUGCGGGGGUGAGAAGAGGCGGCCGGCGGCAGGUGGCUUCUGCCCAUGAGAAGCAUUAUACGGCGAACAGAGUGGCGGCGGAGGGACAGAGAAAGAAGACGCCAUUGCCUUAUCAAAGACAGGGUUUUUUCGGUUUUAUUCAGUACAAUCCAGCGAUCCGCAGCAUCACCGAAGGAUUCGGUGGGAAUUGUUCCAGGCCAUGAUUUAUAGAAAAUAUACAGCAAAAUGUUCAUUUUAUUUUA